AUGAUGCGGUUCCGCGGCACAGUACAGCCCGUGUUCGCCGCGGAGCUCCCGAAGCACCCGGAGGAUGGCCUGGACGACCUGGAGGACCUGGAGGAGGACUUCCACCAGGACAUCGCCAGGUCCUCGUUUGCAGACAUGCUCCACGACCAUGACAGGAAUCAGAAGUAUUACCAGGGCAUCAGAGCAGCCGUGUCGCGGGUGAAGGCGCGCGGUGAGCGGGUGGUGGUGCUGGACAUCGGCACAGGGACAGGCCUGUUGUCCAUGAUGGCAGUGACCGCGGGCGCAGACGUCUGUUACGCGGUGGAGGUGUUUGCGCCGAUGGCUGCGGCGGCGCGUAGCAUCGUGCAGAAGAACGGCUUCUCUGAACAGAUCACGGUCAUCAACAAACACUCCACCGCGGUCACCGUGGGCGCGGGCGGCGACAUGGCGAGCCGCGCCAACGUGCUGCUGACCGAGCUGUUUGACACGGAGCUGAUCGGGGAAGGCGCGCUGUCGGCCUACGAGCACGCGCACCUGCACCUGGUGCAGUCGGGCUGCGAGGCCGUGCCGCACCGAGCCACAGUCUACGCCACGCUGGUGCAGAGCGAGCGGCUGUGGAGCUGGGCGCACCUGCAGCCGCUCGCUGUGGGCGGCUCUCAGCUGCUGCCGUACGACGCCUUGAGCCGCUGCCCCGGCUCUCACGCCGUCUGUGACCUCCAGCUGAGCCAGCUGCCCCGGGGCAGUCUGAGCGCGCUGAGCCCGCGCCUCACCAUGUUCAGUGUGGACUUCAGCCGCGCAGUGAGCAGCGAGCCGCAGACGCACUGCCGCAGCUUCGAGGCCCAGAGCAGCGGUGAGGCCCAGGUGGUUCUGUCCUGGUGGGACCUCAGCAUGGACCCCGACAACACCAUCGUCUGCAGCAUGGCCCCGAGCUGGACCUACGAGGACCCGCACAGCGCCCCCUGGAGGGACCACUGGAUGCAGAGCGUGUACUUCCUGCCCGAGCAGAGCAGCGUGAGCCGCGGCCAGGACCUGACUCUGACCGUGAGCCACGACGACUACAGCCUGUGGUACAGUCUGUCCCAGGGGCCCCAGGGGCUUCAGGGGACUCGGGCUGUGCCCCGGCCCUGCUGCACCUGCCUGGCUCACACGGUGUGGGACCGGCCUCGCUUUGGGCAGCUUGGGGACCGCGCCCUGACGCAGCAGUACGUGAGCGCGCUGCAGCAGGUGUUGGGGCCGGACUCUGUGGUCCUCAGCAUCAGUGACUGCAGCCUGCUGCCCCUGAUGGCCCGCCUGCUGGGGGCCCGCACAGUGUUCAGUGUGGAGGGCCUCAGACUGAGCCGCCAGGUCGUUCAGCAGCUGCUCGAAACCAAUCACCUGUCGGGCUCCGUGGAGCUGCUGGAGGGGCCCCCAGAGGAGCUGAGGGCCGAGGACCUGCGGGGCCAGCAGGUCUCUGUGCUGCUGGGGGAGCCGUACUUCAGCAGCAGCCUGCUGCCCUGGCACUCCCUGAGGUUCUGGUACUCCCGCUCUGCUGUGGCCCCGCUGCUGGCCCCUGAUGCACGUGUGCUGCCGCGCGGGGCCUCGCUGCACAUGGUGCCAGUGCACUUCGAGCAGCUGUGGAGGAUCAGGGCCCCCUGCGGCUCCUGCGAGGGCUUCGACGUGUCGCCCAUGGACCAGAUGAUCCAGAGGUCUCUGGACUACAGGGAGGCUGGGGAGGCGGAGCCACACGCUCUGUGGGAGUACCCCUGCCAGGCCCUCGGGCCCCCCACGGCCCUCCUGACCUUUGACUUCACUCAGUGCGUCCCAGAGGAGACCAUGAGCUCCAGUGCCUCCCUGCGGCUCAGCAGCAGCUCCUGCUGUCACGCUGUGGUCCUGUGGAUGGAGUACCACCUGACCCAGGACAUCAGGGUCAGUACAGGUCUGAGUGGCCCCGUAGGAGCCGGGGGCCAGUGCCAGUGGAGCCCCCACCACAAACAGGCCGUGUUCUUCUUCAGCCCGGCCCUGGACUCUGGAGAUCACACCCUGUCCUACACCUGCAGCUUUGAGCCCCGGACAGGAGACCUCACUAUGGACCUCAGCCUAGACCCCCACAUGGACCCCCACAGGGACCCCAAAUAG